AUGGACCAGACCACAAAUGCGGCAAGUGGCGCCCCUACAAUGUAUUCUUUUUCUAUGCUAGAGAUGGUGACCCUUGAAGAUUCCAUCUCGUACAUAUUCAUGAGUCGCAACAAACGAUUCAUUAUCGAAAUCGCUGCUGAGCAUCUGGAGGGAGAAGGGAGCCUGAUCGAUGAAUUCUACGAGUUCAAGGAUGAUAUUGACGACCCAGAUAUUCUAUGCGACUUCGAGACAUGGGCUAUUGGCCCGAUUCAUGAGCGGGUCAAACAAUUGGUUCCAGUAGCUAUCUCCAGACCAACCACUCUACUGGAAUACUAUGAUCCCCAAACUUAUGUUUUCGAGCUGUUCAACGAUGGCGGUAUAUUAAAGGCAAACGAGCUUGCUUUCGAUCAGGAAAUUUUCGGAGAUGCCAGCCCCAAAGUUGCCAUUAUUGAAAAUGCAGAAAGUCGGCUUUCACCAAGCCACGAAAUACCUAGGGAUGGUAUCGUAUCUCGAUCCGCCCUUCCUACCGUACCUUUGACCCCGGCAUCCAAGUUGGUGAGAGCGGCAGGUCUAGACUCCCUCGAGGAAGUGAUGUGCGAGAUUCCGCGGAUUGUGCGAAAGGUCAACACGACAGAUGAGUUCUUUUUCAAGGCAGGCGAUAAGCGGCACGGGUUUCAAAGAGAAGUUGAGAUUUUGGCCAAGUUACAAAAGAUCUCUGAACACGAUCUCAGCAUCCGAACUUCGCGAAUUGUGGGCCUUGUCAACUGGGACGGCCAAGAGUCUCUUCUCAUGGAUAUGCUGUUGGAGCGAAUCGAUGGAAUGACGCUCUAUGAUGCAAUGCUGGACGCCUCGGUCUCUGAGAAACUGAUAUGGAUGGAUCAGAUUGAUGAGACAGUCAAGAGGUUACACAACUAUGGGAUUGUUUGGGGUGAUGUAAAGCCGCACAAUGUCAUGAUUGAUCCUUCUGGGGAUGCGAUAUUGAUCGACUUUGGUGGUGGAUGUACGCUCGAGUAUGUAGAUUUGGAACUUCAGGAGACCAUAGAAGGAGACUUGCAGGGUCUAAAGAAACUAAGGUCGAGGCUGUUUUCUUGA